AUGGCUGGCAACAAGAAGUCCGAUAACAGCAAGAAGGCCCAGGGCAACGCCCGCAAGGCAGAGUCCGCCGCUCAAAAGCAGGCCGCUGAUAACGCCCGCGAGGAAGCCGCUGAGGCCGACAAGUGGAACAAGGGAGCCAAGAGCAACGCCAAGAAGGAAGCAGCCGCUGCAAAGGCUGCUGAAGCUGAGAAGAAGAAGGCCGAGAAGGCUGCUCUCGAGGCCGAGGAGGAUGCUAACAACCCCGUCAAGGGCCCAAAGAAGUCAAAGGCUCCUGUUAAGAAAGCCCGUGGCCUUGACCUUUCACAACUCGACGACGAUAAGCCUUCAGACAUCAAUGCCUCUGGUAUCGACAACGCUCUUGAUGCUUUGUCCCUGACCAACAAGGAUGAUGGCAAGGUCGACCGACAUCCCGAGCGACGAUACCCCGCCGCAUACGCCAAGUACGAGGAGCGACGACUUGACGAGAUGAAGAAGGACGGCAGCGGCGUCGGACUGCGUCUGGACCAGAGAAAGACCAGAAUCCGAAAGGAGUUUGAGAAGCACCCCGAUAACCCUUUCAACCAAGUCACGGCCUCAUACAACGCUACAAGGGACGACGUUGCGACUAUCCGUUCCCAGGAAAAGUCCAAGAUUGAGCAGCGCCUCGGACGAUAG